UUUGGAAUAGAAUUUUGAAUUUAAAGUAGCAGAGUUAAGGAUGAGAUUAGUGUCUUCAGGGCAUCCCUCUGGGUUAUUGGUCUAAGAUUCACACUUUGUAACUGCAACGUUAGCUGUUCUAGUUUCCCUCCAUCGUCUGUACUUUCCCUUCACAGUGAGAAUCACUGAACUAGUUUGGAAUCUGCCAGUGUUCGCUCUCAUUCUCUGAUCUUUAUUAUAAAUGACACACAGCAUCCUCUGCAAUGCAGGGGCAGCAAACACAUCUCCUUUCUCUUCACUGCAUGUUAUCCGAUAUGCUGCACGUUCAUAUUCUUAUUCCACGUGUAACUGUUUCAGAUCCGUACGCCCCACGGACCGAGAAGCAGAUCCCCUUCCAUCAGGGCUUCAUCCUAGUGAUGAGACACGGGCCGUACCUCACUCUCACUGCUGCGUUCCUUUUCAUCACUGUCGCCAUUCAGCUGGUACAGAGCAACUUUGUCCUCUUCUGCACUUACGCCGCCGACCUGAGGGAUCACUUCCAGAAUAUAGUGCUGACCAUCUUGGUUUCUGCAGUGAUAAGCAUCCCGCUGUGGCAAUGGUUUCUGCAGAGGUUUGGGAAGAAGACGGCAGCUUUCUGCGGCAUCACAUGGAUCAUGCCCUUCACCCUGAUGCUGGUCUUCAUCCCUAAUGUUGUGGUGGCAUACGUCGUGGCUGUGUCCUCUGGACUCAGUGUGGCUGCGUCGCUCCUGCUGCCAUG